AUGGCCAUGCCGUUAGAUCACGCAUCUGGAAAAACUUUGAAGGUACCAGCAUUUGACGGAGAGAUGUCCUGGAACGUUUAUAAAACCCAGUUCGAAGCAGCGGCAACUAGUAACUGUUGGAACGGAAAAGAACGAGCAACAGCACUGAUACUGGCCCUGCGAGGUUCAGCAGCAGAGGUUCUUCAGACGAUUCCGGCGGAGAACCAUUUCAACUAUGAAGUUCUGGUUAGCGCGUUGGAUUUAAGUUAUGGUGAAGAACACAUGAAGCAGAUUUAUCGGUCUCAACUUAGAAACAGAACGCAACGAUCUGGUGAAUCCAUUCAGCAGCUGGCACAAGAUAUCGAACGGUUGACAUUGCUGUCGUAUCCAACAUCAGACCCCGAGCACAGAGACGAAACUGCCCUGGAUACGUUUAUCAAAGCCCUUCGUGAUUCGGAACUCAAGCAAUCCCUUCUCUUGUCAGAUAAACGAAAACUCAAGGAUGCCGUUGCGCACAGUCUCUUUUGA